UGUUGACAUAUUGAGAUAUUGCGGCAAUUUAGACCAGACGGCACCAUUUAAAAAGCCAUUAGGGCCAAAUCUGCCGACGGAAUGCUCAGCCAGGAACAAUGGAAUCCCCCAUUAGCAGUUAGUCCAUAGUUUGUCUGUUAUCCAGUAGCCAAGCAAGCCGCCUUUCGAAUGUCUCUGCUCAAGUUGAAGCUUCUGGUUCUCAGUUGGAUGGCCGAACGCUGUCUUAGUGCCCAGGUAGUGCACUUGGAUCGCUUCACGUUCACCGUCGACGAUCACGCCCUGUUCCUGUCCCAGAGUGCCGUUCUAGAGCAGGAGCAUAAUCGCAGCUACCUCUCUGGACACAUGAUGAUUAACCGGCUUGUAAAUGACAUCACACUAACUUCGUCAAUGGACAUAAUUCGGCCUCGGCGGCCGGAAAUGCGUCUCUAUAAUGUGAAGCUCAACUUUUGCUCCGUCCUUAAUAAUGGCUACAAAAAUAAGUUUAUUAGAUUGCUCUACAAUAAUUAUGCUGGCUUUCUUAAUACCAAACCGAAAUGUCCACUAAAGCCGAACUUCAACUACUCAUUGACAAGAGCCUUCGUCGACGAGGACUUACUACCAGAUCUCCUUCCAGAAUGCACCUAUCGCUUCAGAGCUUCCUUUGAGCAGAAGUCAAAGCCCUUGGCGCACAUGCAACUCGAUGGACGAUUGGUCGCCAAAGUCGGAAGGUCAAACUGAAGUUCUUGUAUUCUGUGCACAUAAAAUUCAGCAAUAAAAUUAA